CAAAAUCCUAAGAACACAGGUGUAAGUCGGAUGUGAUUAAUUAUCGAGCAUAAUUCCAUGAAUUCAUUUAACACUGCAGAGCCAUGAAGUGAUGUCUUCCAUCGCCAUGUAAAGCUUGAAUCAGAGAUUCGUUGAGUAACAUAGCAUCUCUUCACCGAUUCUAGUUCAUACAAUAAAGGAAACUUAUAUUUGGAGAUUUCUGUACGAUUAGGUGCUUUGGAUAACGAAAAGUAGAUUUAUGAGAGGAGAGAAACAUCGUUAUGUUUUCAAGAACGCACGACCAGCGCCCAUUCCAUCCUCUGAAACUUCUAAUCGACGCCUCAUUACCAUCGACACGAUCUUCUCCAAGUACUCCAUCCAUCUGACGCCUCCAUCGUCGAUCAGCAAUCGAGCUCGAGACGAAGAACAAGUGGCAGAAGGAGGAAGAAGGGUCGUUGGAGUUUCCAAACCUGGGAUUUUAUCAAUUCAAUAUCUAGAAAUUAAACGAGGUUCCCUUUUCAUAAACGAGCUUAAAUGGAAGCGGGAAAUCUCCUCCGAGCAGGUUUCGGCCAACUUACAGGGAGGUUAUAAAGGACCAAGGCCAAAAAGAGAAUUGAUUGCUGAUUGGGUAUCAAAAAACGACGAUAUUGUCAGGAGUAUUCCGAUCUACGUCGGAGGAACCUCUCUAUUCGGCGUUCUGUUCAACAGGACAAUUUCCGGCAUAGCUCCGGUUGCUGAUGCCAGCAGUUCACAAUCCAGAGCCGAUCUACUCGCAAUUGGGUUAGCAGUAACUAAUAUUUUAGCAGGUCUAGUGUGGCUUUCAAUUCGACCUAAAUCCAUAUCUGUGGUGCCACCUAGAGGUGUGGAGUGUGAAAGAAUACAUUCCAGCAUUCCAGAUCUUGUAUCUUCUGAAUUAAAAUGGGCAUGGGAAUCAUUGUCAGGAGUGACAUGCAGCAAGUCUCUAGUGAUUGUAUAUGAUGGGAUUUGUGUUGCACAAAUUGGAUAUGCUUCUAAUGAAAAUGAAGGUGAAGCCAUGGUUGUAGAUGCUCAUAAGUUGAUGCAAGGAUCAAUCUAUCAAGGAAUUAUGAAAUCUGGAUCACAAAGCUACUUGGCAAAUUUAUCUCUGUAUCCUGGAAAAUCUGAGCUCCCAUUUCUCCCUUCAAACACACAGGCAGUGAUCUUGCAACCACUUGGAGAUAAAGGAAUUGCAAUAAUUGGAGCGUUGCAAGUUGUGGCGGUGAAGGAGGGUGCGGCACCGAUAAAUGAAGAUGGGGAUCGUCGACAAUAUGGAGAUGAUGGCCAAUCAUUCUUCCUCCUUUUAUUUUGGUGA